AUGUCCGCUCAUUAUCUAUAUAGUUUAUAUUUUCCAAUCUAUCUAUCUAUCUAUCUAUCUAUCUAUCUAUCUAUCUAUCUAUCUAUCUAUCUAUCUCAAUGUGUUCAUUAUCUAUCUAUCUAUCUAUCUAUCUAUCUUAGAUUUACUUUCUUCAUAUUUUUGAAGGAAACAAUAAACAUUUUUAUCUAUCUAUCUAUCUAUCUAUCUAUCUAUCUAUCUAUCUAUCUAUCUAUCUUUGAUAUUCUCUAUCAGGAUAUCUUUCUUUCUAUCCAAAUUCCUGAAAAUAUUUCUUUCUUUCUUUCUUUCUUUCUUUCUUUCUUUCUUUCUUUCUUUCUUUUGAUCAUAGUGAAUCAUCGUUCUUUCCAAUGUAUGUCUACCUGUUUUUCUUACUUUUUUGUUAAUUUAUACUUUCUUUUUCCUUCUUUCUUUCUUUCUUUAUUUUUUCCUUCCUUCCUUCCUUCCUUCUUUUCUUCCUUCCUUCCUUCUUUCUUUCUUUCUUUUUACGAUUGA